AUCUUAUGAUUUAAAUACAAUAAUACUUAUGCUAUUUAUCACGUAUCGUGUAUGUAAACACUAACGUAUGGAUUAAUAAUAAAUAGCCGGGGUUUGGUAAGAGCGGGUCUCUUUUACCAUAUACCUGCUUACACUACAACACAUCAGUGGAUUGAUACUACCUGAGAGAAUUCCCCUACCCCUUUAAAGGUUUGGCUGUCAGUCAGUUUCAUCGUUGAGAGCUGUAAAGAACGACGUUAUAAAGUGGCGACGAGAAAAAUUAGGUAGCGCGGAAGUGAUUAAGUAAGUUUUUUAAGUGUUUAAAGUAACUGCGACUGCGGAAUAAUUUUUCGAAUCACGGUCGAGAGUGAAUUAUUUGUAUAACAGUGCGAUUUAACCCCGACGGCAGGGAAAAUUUCCGCAUUAAAGUCGGUAAAAAAAAAAAGUUAUCGCUUGAGUGGCGCUGCAGCUGGUUUUCGGACGGUGUUUCACCCGAGGGUUCAUUUGCCUCGAAGAUUUGUUGGCCCCGUUCCUGUGAACUACACAAAGUGGGACUCCGUAUUGGAGAAGCAACAACCCACAUUCAAGUGAAAUUUAUCGGUCUUCUUCUCCGAGGUAUUGUUGAUUCGUGGUCGACAAGGGUCGAGCCAAACCACCAAAGAGUUCUUCAUUCGGUAAGCUUAACUUUUUCAUAUUUGCUGUUUUUGAGGAAAUAUUACUCGGAGAUCUUUUGAAUUGAAAUUUUCAACAAAACCGAAAGUUUAUUGAUUUUUUUGGUUUUUUAAAAUUCUAAGAGAUGGCAAACAACAAUGCCGGUAAUCUUUUGGCUCUAAUUGAACCUUACAGAAGGGGGACUUCCUUUUCAAACUGGGUUGAAAGGUUACGAUUUUGUUUUCAAGUGAACAAUAUCUCGGAUAUUCAGCGCAAGCCUUUAUUAUUCACUUUAAGCGGUCCGGUAGUGUUCGACGAGCUAAUGCUCCUCUUUCCUAACGAUCAAUUGGCAAAUGCUGAAUACGAUGAUAUGAUAGAUCGAUUAAAACAAAGAUUUGAUAAGAAGGAAAGCUCUAGAAUUUUGAGAUUUAGAUUCACAACCAGGGUUCAAGAACCAAAUGAAACUUUGGAAGAUUUUAUUUUGUCAUUAAAAAUGCAGGCCGAGUUUUGCAACUUCGGGGACGCAAAAUCUAGUAUGAUUUUAGAUAGAAUUAUAGCGGGGGUCAGGGAUGUCAAUCUCCGUCAACGAUUGUUAGUCGAACAAAAUCUCACCCAGGAAAUGGCUGAAAAUUUGGUGGCAACCUGGGAGAUGGCCCAAACUAACGCGUUUGCCAUGGGUGGGCAAGGUCCCACAAGUGGUAUUGGACGUUAUGGUCAGGUGGCGAACCUAAGAGGCCCAGUCAAAAGUAGAUUAGGUAACAGACCAGCCAUCAGAGGCCCAUAUGAAAGCAGAAAUUAUCAUCAGCAAGAAGGCUUCGAGGGUAGGCAAACAAGACGUUACACUGGGACAAUUCCUAAAACGACAUCUGAGAACUCAUCUUAUCAGGAGGACAAAAGAAGGAAGCCGGACUACAGGAACACUGUUUGCGAUUUUUGCAAGAUUAAGGGGCAUCCGAAACGCAAAUGCUUCAAAUUGAAGAAUUUGAAGAGGAAGGCGGUCAAUUUUGUUGACAAUUUGAAUCCCGGCUGCGAGAAGGACUUGAGCGAAUUGUUUAAUCGUAUGCGACCCAGAGUUUCAGAUUCGGAUAGCGAUGAUAGCGAUACAGGUAGUUUUCAAUGCAUGCAUUUGGAUUCGAUCAACGGAAUUAGCGAUCCAUGUUUGCUGUCUGUUAAAAUUGAGGGCAAAUUCGUGCAGAUGGAAGUGGACUGUGGUUCUUCGGUAACGGUGAUGGGUAUUAAUCAAUUUACAGCUCUUUUCGAUAAAAAACUUAAACAAAUUGAUAAAAAUCUGAUAGUUGUGAAUGGUUCUAAGCUGCGUAUUGCGGGGGAAGCAAAAGUAAUGGUUAGUUUUAAAAAUAUCGAAACUAAAUUGAAAAUUAUUGUUCUUGACUGUUCUCAUAGUUUCAUUCCACUUUUAGGAAGAAAUUGGUUGGAUAUUUUCUAUUCUGACUGGAGAAAUUUUUUCACAAAUUCCUCCUUGAUACAAAAAGUAAAUUUAUGUUCUUCUGACGAAGUUAUCAAAGAUGUUAAACAAAAAUUUUCCAACGUUUUCAACAAAGACUUUUCUUCUCCGAUUGUGGGCUAUGAAGCUGAACUAGUAAUCAAUAAGGAAAAGCCGAUUUUUAAAAAGGCCUAUGACGUUCCUUACAGAUUGAGGGAUAAAGUAUCUGAAUAUUUGGACAACCUUCAGAAACAAAACGUGAUUACUCCAAUUGAAAACAGUAAAUGGGCCUCCCCGAUAGUAAUUGUAAUGAAAAAGGACAAUGAUAUCAGACUUGUGAUAGACUGCAAGGUUUCAAUUAACAAAGUGUUAGUUCCGAAUUCUUACCCUCUUCCAGUUGCUCAGGAUCUUUUUGCUAAAUUGGCUGGUUGUAAAGUUUUCUGCUCUCUUGAUCUGGAAGGAGCUUACACUCAACUAUCUCUAUCAGCUAGAUCGAGGAGAUAUAUGGUUAUCAACACCUUUAAGGGACUUUUUACUUAUAACCGUCUACCGCAAGGAAGUGCAUCUAGUGCAAGCCAAUUUCAAUCGGUAAUGGACAGAGUGCUAGAAGGUCUAGAAAAAGUUUUUUGUUAUCUCGACGAUGUGUUAAUUGCAGGGUUGAAUUGGGAAGAUUGUAAACAAAAACUCUAUUUGGUUUUAGAAAGAUUAGCUAAAGCAAAUAUCAAAAUUAAAUUAAGCAAAUGUAAAUUUUUUGUGGAAGAAUUAAUUUAUUUGGGUCACGUCAUAAGUCAAAAUGGAUUAAGGCCAUGUUCUGAUAAAAUUUUAACAGUACAGAGAGCUAAAGCACCCACAAAUGUUAGUGAACUCAAAUCAUAUUUGGGUUUGAUCAACUUUUACAACAGAUUCAUUCCCCAUUUAUCUAGCAAGCUGUGUUAUUUGUACAAUUUGUUAAAAAAAGAUGUUAAAUUUGUUUGGGAUAAAAAUUGUGAAUCUGCUUUUACAAAAAGUAAGAAUGCUUUGCUUUCUGCUGAUAUCCUAGAAUUUUAUGAUCCCAAUAAACCUAUUGUAGUGGUUUCUGACGCUUCUGGUUAUGGAUUAGGAGGAGUAAUGGCACAUAUAGUGGGUGGGUUUGAAAAACCAAUUUGUUUCACAUCAUUUUCAUUGAGUACCGCACAAAAAAAAUACCCUAUACUUCAUCUUGAAGCACUAGCUUUGGUCUGUACAAUAAAAAAAUUUCAUAAAUACCUAUAUGGUCAAAAAUUUCAAGUUUUUACGGACCACAAGCCUUUGGUCGGAAUAUUUGGCAAAGAUGGCCAAAAUUCUAUUUAUGUCACAAGACUUCAACGCUUUAUUUUAGAACUUUCAAUUUAUGAAUUCGAUAUACAAUACAGGCCAUCUGCUAAAAUGGGAAAUGCGGAUUUUUGUUCGAGAUUCCCACUUAAUCAAUCGGUUCCUGAUGAACUUGAUGUUGAAUUUAUAAGAAGUAUAAAUUUUAGCAAAGAAAUUCCGAUAGAUUUUAUUCAGGUGGCUACUGAAACUCAAAAAGAUUCGUUUUUAUCGACCAUUGUUUAUUAUAUGAGGAAUGGUUGGCCAAAGAAAGUAGAUCAGCAGUUAAGUGGUUUUUUUUCGAAUCAAAAAGAUUUAGAAAUUGUCAACGAAUGUUUACUAUACCAAGGAAGGGUUAUAAUACCGCAAAUUUUCCAAAGCAAAGUUCUUAAACUAUUGCAUGCCAACCAUGCAGGUAUAGUAAAAAUGAAACAACUGGCGAGAUGCACUAUAUUUUGGGUUGGAAUAAACAAAGAUAUUGAAAAACUGGCAGCUAAUUGUGAUAUUUGCAAUAGCAGGGCUAUAAUACCUAAGAAAAAAAUUGAAUCUAAAUGGUCUCCUGCUACAAGACCAUUUAGUAGAUUGCAUAUAGAUUUUUUUCACUAUUCCAGCCACACGUUUCUUCUGAUCGUUGAUAGUUUUUCAAAAUGGUUAGAAGUGAUCUGGAUGAAAAACGGUACUGAUACUGGAAAGGUGUUGCUAAAACUAGUGGAAUGUUUUUCAAGAUUUGGACUACCAGAUAUAUUAGUGUCAGAUGGGGGCCCUCCUUUCAACUCGCAUGUUUUUGUUAAUUUUUUGGAAAAUCAAGGAAUAAUGGUUAUGAAAAGCCCACCAUAUCAUCCAGCCAGUAAUGGUCAGGCAGAGAGAUUGGUCCGUACCGUUAAGGAUGUUCUAAAAAAGUUCUUCCUUGAUUCAGAAUUCACACAAUUGAAUUUGGAAGACCAAAUCAAUUUAUUUUUGUUUAAUUAUAGAAAUUUUCUGACAAGGGAUGGUAAGAGUCCAGCUGACAAAAUACUUUCUUAUAAACCAAAAAUCAUGCUUGACUUAAUCAAUCCUAAAAGACAUACUAAAUUUCAAAACAAUCACGCAUUAACUAAUGAUGUACCUAACAAGGUUGAGGUUUAUCCAAAAAGGGUGGUGGUUGAUGCUCUGGAUGAACUAGCUGAAGGUGAUGAGAUUUGGUAUGAGAACCAUAAUCCUCACAAUCCAGCUAGAUGGAUAAAAGCAACGUUUCUAAAACAUUUUUCGUCCAAUACCAUACAGAUACUUGUUGGAAACGCCAAAGUAAUGGCCCAUCGGCGUCAAGUCCGAGCAACUAAUAUGGAACGUCAAGUAUUGAGGCCAAACGUUGGGACGAGUAGCACUGGAACAACUAGAACUACGAUAAGCGAAAUACAGAACGAACCUGAAGAAAGACCUCAACCGGUGCUACCCUCAAGGAAACGGAAACAACAAGAGUCGCUGGCAAAUCCCGGAGACACUCCUGAGCUACGAAGGUCAAAGAGGGCUAAGAAGCAGAACAAGGAUGAUAUUUACAGCUAUUGAAUGAAUUCUUACAAAUUGCAUUAUAUAACUAAAUGAAUUUAUACUUUGAGUUUUUAUCCUGAAUUACAAAUUCUGAUCGAUAAUUGUUGAUCGAAUUUUUUUUUAAGAAAAAGGGAAGAUGAUGUAAUAUCUUAUGAUUUAAAUACAAUAAUACUUAUGCUAUUUAUCACGUAUCGUGUAUGUAAACACUAACGUAUGGAUUAAUAAUAAAUAGCCGGGGUUUGGUAAGAGCGGGUCUCUUUUACCAUAUACCUGCUUACACUACAACACAUCAGUGGAUUGAUACUACCUGAGAGAAUUCCCCUACCCCUUUAAAGGUUUGGCUGUCAGUCAGUUUCAUCGUUGAGAGCUGUA